AUGAUUCACCUUCCUCUACCAAGAACGCGGACAGAGUGGAAAAACGCAAUUACCACAAACACUGCUUCGGAGACAUCGUCGCAAUGGAUCAACGCCGAUCUCGCGCCAACUUCCAAGGAAGACAGAACUUACACAUGGGUGACUUUGAGUAGCUACUGGUGGGGUAAUGCCUUCAAUUCGAGUCAAUGGUCCAACGGAGCAAGUCUUAUCGCCAUCGGCCUCACCUGGUGGCAGGCAUUGAUUGCUUGCAUCAUGGCGAAUCUUAUCUCAUCCUCAGUAGCGCUUUCAUUGGGAAGGCCAGGAGCAAAAUAUCACAUCGGCUAUCCAGUGCUUGCAAGGAGCGUCUUUGGCAUGUAUGGUCACUACUUCUUCGUCUGGAUCCGCGCUGUCGUUGCCAUCAUUUGGUUUGGUGUGCAAACCUACUUUGGAUCACAGCACCUCAACGUCAUCUUCCGGUGCAUCUUUGGCAACUCAUGGUGGAAUAUGGCGAACCAUCUGCCCGAAAGUGCUGGUAUAACUUCUAGAGACCUCCUGGCCUUCUUCCUGUUCUGGUUGAUCGAGCUGCCUUUCCAGGCUGUGCACCCGACGAAGAUUAAGUACCUUUUUGCCGCCGAAUCGAUCAUAUGCCCCAUCGCAUGCCUGGGUGUUUUUGCUUGGUGUGUCAAUUAUGGAGGCGGUCUGGGUGUUGGCAGCAUCGGUACCAUUCGCAUUCAUGGUAGUGCGCUGGGUUGGGGCAUGCUCAACGGCAUCAACAGCUGUCUCGGAGUCACAUCAGCACUCUUGGUCAAUCAACCUGAUCUGACCCGCUACACCAAGAGACCGAAAGAUGCUGGUUGGCGUCAGGCUUCCUCCAUUUUCGCCAGCAAAACUCUGAUCUUCUUUUUUGGCAUCGGAGCUACUGCUGCUGUUCAGGGCAAGUUUGGACAAGCAUACUGGAACCAAUGGGACCUGCUGAAUGCCAUACUUGACCGUUUCUGGGGCCCCGCUGCCAGAGCCGGGUGCUUCUUCGCUGCAUUCGGCUUUGGUUUAUCAGUUCUCGGUGUCAACAUUGGCUGCAAUGCUAUACCAUUCGGCGCCGAUGUCACCGGACUCUUUCCUCGAUUUUUCAACAUCAUCAGAGGACAGCUCUUCUGCGGUAUCGUCUCAUUGGCUAUCGUGCCUUGGAAGCUCCUCACAAGUGGCGCUGGUUUUGUGACCUUCUUGGGUAGCUACAACAUCUUCAUCUCACCCAUCUGUGGAAUCAUCAUAAUCGACUACUUUGUCAUCAAGCAAGGCAACAUACAUACGUUGUCCUUGUUCAAUCCGACAUCAGGCAGUCUCUACUAUGGCAACAAGGGCUGGAAUCUGAAAGCCUUGUUCGCCUGGCUUUCCGCCGCCGUGUUGGGUAUACCUGGCUUGGUCGGCGCAUACCAUCCGACCUGGGUCUCUGAAGGUGCCAAACAUCUGUAUCAGACCGGAUGGGUGGUAUGCUUCGCGGUCGCCAUGUUCCUCUAUUGGGUCGUGAACUUAGUGUUCCCCGCCAAAGUCCUCCCUGGUGACCAAAGAGGAGCUUCAAAGCCCAAGUUCGAGGAGCUAGCGUUGACGGAUGGAUACCUUGAUGGUGAGAGCUUCAUCGAGUACGGACUCAGAUGUCUUGACGGUUCCGAAGAUGGCCGGUCAACAUCUCCCGAUGUCGAUCUCGUCCAUGAUACACCCAAGAGUGAUGUAUAA